CCUCUCAGUGGUAGCGCGGGGAAAGGCUGGGAAGCCGGCUGGCGAGCGUAGCCUCCGAGGACGCGGAUCCUGCCCCGCCGGGCGGAGGAGAGCUGGAGUUAAGAUCCGAAUCCUCUGAACCCCGGCCGUUGGAGGCCAGAGGCUCAUGGUUAUUUUUCCAUCCCGGUACCGUGACCUGCGUAGAUGCCCAUUGGACCGAUCUGCUGGUUUCAGUCGUUUGUAAAUAGCCGUGGACUAAGGACGAAAUGGUGAUCAGCCCAUGACCUAGACCUCUAGACAAAAUAAAGCAGGGAAAAUUUGCUAGAAUCAAGAAUGAUGGAUCCAUGUUCAGUUGGAGUCCAGCUUCGUACUACAAAUGAGUGCCAUAAAACAUACUAUACUCGUCACACAGGUUUUAAGACUUUGCAAGAAUUGUCAUCAAAUGAUAUGCUUUUACUUCAACUUAGAACUGGAAUGACACUUUCUGGGAACAAUACAAUUUGCUUUCAUCAUGUAAAAAUUUACAUUGACAGAUUUGAGGAUUUACAGAAGUCAUGUUGUGACCCAUUUAACAUACACAAAAAACUAGCAAAAAAGAAUUUGCAUGUAAUUGACUUAGAUGAUGCCACUUUUCUGAGUGCGAAAUUCGGAAGACAGCUUGUACCUGGUUGGAAGCUUUGUCCAAAAUGCACACAGAUAAUCAACGGAAGUGUGGAUGUUGAUACUGAAGACCGCCAGAGAAGGAAACCUGAGUCAGAUGGAAGAACUGCAAAAGCCUUGAGGUCGUUACAAUUUACAAAUCCAGGAAGGCAAACUGAAUUUGCUCCAGAAACUGGUAAAAGAGAAAAAAGAAGACUUACAAAAAAUGUGACCGCUGGUUCAGACAGACAGGUGAUACCAGCGAAGAGUAAGGUCUAUGAUAGCCAGGGGCUCCUCAUUUUUAGUGGGAUGGACCUCUGUGACUGCCUCGAUGAAGAUUGCUUAGGAUGUUUCUACGCUUGUCCUGCCUGUGGUUCUACCAAGUGUGGAGCUGAAUGCCGCUGUGACCGCAAGUGGCUGUAUGAGCAAAUUGAAAUUGAAGGAGGAGAAAUAAUUCAUAAUAAACAUGCUGGAUAACCUGUGGUAUCAAAC